ACUUGUCAGCCGAUCAGCCCUCGCCUCCGUGUCUGUACUCUACACUGGCAGCUCGAUAUCUGCACUUAAGGUGAGCCUUCAGAUAGCCCCUCCCUCCUCCCUUUCAGCCAAUCGAAUGCUAGCAUGCCUAAAUCCUGGAGCUUCUGGGAGAGUAUGCUAUGGAAUUGACAUGACUUCACUCCAAAGAUAAUGCGAACGAGUUCACGCAAAUAUUGGUAGGGACAAUUCUGCCCUCCCAAAAUAUUGGUAGGGACAUGUCCCUACUAUCCAUAUGCAAACCUACGCCCUUGAGUCUCCCUUCCAUACAGACAGCAAUACACAAUGACUUCAUAAAAUUCUAAUUCUAAAUUCUUGAUGAUUCCUACCAGUCAGUGGCAAGGCUGCAUCGGUCUUUCGCUCUGCAUAAUAAAGGUCAAACCGCCUGUAUCAACAUGGACUUCAGGGACUUUUCCACAAGCGUCCUCCGGUUUACUUCUUGUCCAGAAAAGCUGAGGACACUUGUGCAGCCCAGCCAGGAGACGCCAAAUUGUCGUGGAAAUUAGACAACACUCGCAGACUCUUCCUCUGAAGAGGGACUCCGGCUGGAGAAAUGAUGACGGACCAUGUUGCGGUUCGCGGCGUGAAGGUGUUGACGGUAGACACCAUGAACCCGAAUGUGAAGAAGGUGGAGUACGCGGUGCGAGGGCCCAUAGUGCAGAGAGCUGCGCAGAUCGAAACGGAGCUUCAGCAGGGAGUAAAGAAGCCCUUCACUGAAGUGAUUAGGGCGAAUAUCGGAGACUGCCACGCCAUGGGGCAGAAACCCAUCACCUUUUUCAGGCAGGUGCUGGCCGUCUGCUCGUAUCCCGAUCUUCUAGGUGACGACAGGUUUCCAGAAGACGUGAAAAGUCGAGCACGACGGAUCCUUCAGGCCUGCUGCGGAGGGAGUCUGGGAUCUUACAGCAGCAGUCAGGGGAUCGAGCUCGUUCGACAGGACGUGGCGCGAUACAUCGAGAAGAGAGACGGAGGGAUCAAAUGCAAUCCAGACAACAUCUACCUCACCGCUGGAGCCAGUGAUGGCAUUGUGACGAUGCUGAAGCUGCUGAUCUCAGGUGAAGGAUCUUCUCGGACCGGAGUGAUGAUCUCUAUCCCUCAGUACCCGCUGUACUCCGCCGCUCUCGCCGAGCUCGCCGCCGUGCAGAUAAAUUAUUAUCUGGACGAGGAAACGUGCUGGAGUUUGGACGUCCGAGAGCUGCGGCGUGCGCUGGAGGAGGCGAGGAAACACUGCACACCUCGUGCCCUGUGUAUCAUCAACCCCGGAAACCCGACCGGUCAGGUGCAGAGCCGCCAGUGCAUCGAGGACGUGAUCCGAUUCGCCGCUGAAGAAAGUCUCUUUCUGAUGGCAGAUGAGGUCUACCAGGACAACGUGUACGCAGAUGGCUGUGCGUUUCACUCGUUCAAGAAGGUGCUGUUUGAGAUGGGUCCGGAGUACUCGGGCCGAGUGGAGCUGGCCUCGUUUCAUUCCACCUCAAAGUGCUAUAUGGGAGAGUGUGGGUUUCGGGGUGGCUACAUGGAGGUGGUGAAUUUGGACCCUGCGGUCAAAGUUCAGCUGAUGAAGCUGGUCUCGGUGCGCUUGUGUCCUCCUGUAACUGGACAGGCUUUACUGGACCUGGUGGUGAAUCCUCCUGAACCGCACGAACCCUCAUACGACACCUUCAUUAAGGAGCGCUCACACACUCUCUCCGAAUUAGCAAAGAAAGCUAGCAUGACACAGCAGAUUCUCAAUCAGGUGCCGGGGAUGACAUGUAACCCGGUCCAGGGAGCCAUGUACACCUUCCCUCGCAUCCACAUCCCGCCUAAAGCCGUGUCUGCAGCUCAGGAGAACGGUCAGGCUCCGGACAUGUUCUACUGCAUGAAGAUGCUCGAGGAGAUGGGCAUCUGCCUCGUACCAGGAAGUGGAUUCGGUCAGAAAGACGGAACGUACCAUUUCAGGAUGACGAUCCUUCCUCCGACUGAGAAACUGAAAAUAGUUUUGGAGAAGAUAAAGGAGUUUCAUCUGAGUUUCACGCGGCAGUAUGAAUAAAACUCUCCUCCUUGCACUGAGAGGAUGCAGGACGGCGUUAACUUCAACACAGCGUCCGACCAAUCAGAGUGCCGACCCGUGCGGUAACCUACUUAGUAUUAACGAACACGGACGUGAUGGAACGUGUGUGUGUGUGUGUGUGUGUGUGUGUGUGUGUGUGUUGCUAGUGAUGAACUGCUCGUGCUUUUUUACUUUUAGUUUGACCUCAAGAUGGUUUUUAAACAGUAUGUUCGAUAGAGACCUUGAGGACGGGGCACCGGAUUUCACCCAAUUCUACGAUUUUUAAUGUUGAAUUGUUUUUUUUUUCAUUUCAAGAAAAAUAAUAAAUAAACAAUUUCUGUUGUUGA